AUGAUCGAGGAUCCAAAUGGUUUCGGAUUCAUCCGACACAAUGUCCGCCCACUGAAGCCCAGAAAAGUUGGUGUUACUGAAAUUCGAGGCCCUUAUUAUUCCGCUAUGGGCAAGCGCCACCUAGAGGAUGUCUUUGAGACCAUGGGGUAUCACGUUGAUGGGGUCAAAUUUGCCGGCGGAUCAUUCUCACUCUUCCCCGAGGACCGACUGCGAGAGAUGAUAGACCUUUGUCAUACGAAUAAUGCCUAUGUGUCUACCGGCGGAUGGAUUGAGCACGUCCUCACGCAAUCUGAUGCUCAUUCGGCAGUGGACAGGUACCUUCAAAAAUGCAAAGAAGUAGGCUUCGACGUCAUUGAAGUUUCGUCGGGGUUUCUUUCGAUCCCGCCCGAUGAUUGGCUCCGUGUUGUUGACAGAGUCCAUAACGCCGGCUUAAUCGCCAAGCCUGAGUGUGGAAUCCAGUUCGGCGCUGGAGGAGACACUUCCGCCGAAGAGCUCGAGAGCUUCGGGACAUCAGACCCAGCCAAGAUUAUCCAAAUGGGAAAGCGCUUCAUCGAUGCCGGCGUAGAGCGUAUCAUGAUCGAGAGCGAAGGCAUCACUGAGAACGUGAAAAGCUGGCGAACGGACGUCAUUCAACAGAUAUUGAGGGACUUGCCGCCGGAAAAGGUCAUGUUCGAGGCAGCUGACCCGCCGGUUUUUAACUGGUAUAUCCGGGAGUUUGGGGCCCACGUCAACUUGUUUGUGGAUCAUUCGCAGAUUGUUCAGCUCAGCUGCUUGAGGACGGGAAUCUGGGGCAUGGCGGACACGUUUGGCAAAAUCACGACGUUCCCAUAG